AUGUCGCGGCUUAUCGUGAAGAACCUCCCUAACGGGAUGAAGGAAGAUCGCUUUCAGAAGCUGUUUGCUGCCUUUGGGACGCUCACUGACUGCUGCUUGAAGUUCACCAAGGAUGGCAAGUUCCGGAAGUUUGGCUUCGUUGGCUACAAGUCUGACGACGAAGCUCAAAGAGCACUGAACCACUUCAACAAAAGUUUCAUAGACACCUCCAGAGUCACAGUUGAGUUAUGCAAGUCUUUUGGAGACCCUUCAAAACCCAAAGCAUGGAGUAAGCACUCACAGAAGGCUCCUGCCACAGAAAAACAGACUGAGAAGCCUGUGACAAGUGCAGUCCCUGAAGGCACAAAGAAAAAUAAAAAGAAGAAAGAUCCAGCAGAAAACUUAAAGGAGCUGGAAGAAGAUGAAACAUUCCAGGAGUUCUUGGUGGUUCACCAGAAACGGUCCCAGGUGGCCACCUGGGCUAAUGACACUUUGGCAGAGGAGGCCAAGAAGGGGAAAUCUAAGUCAGCAGCUGAUGAUUAUCUGAACUUUGAUUCAGAUGAGUCUGAGGAGAUGAGUGAGAAGGAGGAUGGGGAUGAACCCUCUGGAGAUGAGGAGGAAACCAAAGCAAAGAAAGAAGGGAAGAAGGCAGCUACCAGGAAAGACCUCUCAGAUAUGGAUUACCUGAAAUCUAAAGUGGUGAAGGAUUCUUCCUCCUCAUCCAGUACAGAGGAAGAAACAGACAGUGAGGAGGUGGAGCAGGAAAGUGAGAGCGAGGAGGAUUCAGGCAUUGCAGAAACCACCAACACCCACACAGAGAGAAGGGGGAAGCCAAAAGCCCAACAAACACAGCCAGAGACACCAGUGGAGAAGAAGAAAAAAGGAGCCAUGCUGAAGAACCAAGGCAGCUCAGCUGAAGCCAGCACACUGUACACAGUGGAACUUCGUGGUGCUCCCUUCAACAUCACAGAGCAAAGGGUCCGUGAAUUCUUCCUGCCUCUGAAGCCAGUGGCAAUCCGGAUGGGCAAAGAAGCCCAGGGGAAAAAGAAAGGUUGUAUCUUUGUUGACUUGAAGAGUGAAGCAGAAGUGCAGAGGGCCUUGAAGCGGAAAAAAGAAUACCUAGGAGGACGAUGCAUCGAGGUAUUCCGAUGCAGGAACGCCCCAAAAGAAGCUGUUCCAGCAAAACCUGAGAAGCAGCCCUGGCAAAGAAGAAAGAGGGAUGAUGAGGAAGAAGAGGACUUGGCUGAAUCAGGAAGGCUCUUUGUCAGGAAUCUGCCCUUUACUAGCACUGAGGAGGACUUGGAGAAGCUCUUUUCCAAGUAUGGUCCCCUCUCAGAGAUCCAUUUCCCUAUAGACAAGCUGACCAAGAAACCCAAGGGCUUUGCUUUCAUCACCUACAUGAUGCCCGAGCACGCCGUGAAGGCCUAUGCAGAAAUGGAUGGGCAGGUGUUCCAGGGUAGAAUGAUGCAUCUUCUGCCAUCCACAAUCAGAAAGGAAAAAAAUGAAGAUGGGGAUGCAGAAGAGUCUUCCUCCUACAAGAAGCAGAAAGAGGCCAAGGACAAAGCCAGCAGUGCCAGCUCUCACAACUGGAACACGUUGUUUGUGGGGACAAACGCUGUGGCUGAUGCCAUUGCUCAGAAGUACAAUGCCUCCAAAAGCCAAGUGCUGGAUCAUGAGAGUAAAGACAGCGUGGCAGUGAGGAUUGCUCUGGGAGAAACCGAGCUGGUCCAGGAGAUUCGCCGGUUCCUCAUGGAAAACGGAGUCAGCCUGGAUUCCUUCAGUCAGGCCGCAGGGGAGCGGAGCAAAACGGUGAUCCUGGUGAAGAACCUCCCGGCCGGCACCAGGGCAGCAGAGCUGGAGGAUGUCUUUGGGCAACAUGGCAGCCUGGGCAGGGUGCUGCUGCCAGAAGGAGGCAUCACUGCCAUUGUGGAGUUCCUGGAGCCAGCUGAGGCCAAGCAAGCCUUCACCAGGCUGGCCUACACCAGGUUCCAUUCUGUGCCAUUGUACCUGGAAUGGGCUCCAAUGGGGGUCUUCAUCAGCCCUGCCACUCAGAAAAAAACCCUUGAGGCUCCAGAAAAGGAGGACAAAGCAAGGCUGGUGCCUGUUGGGUUCGUUCUUUCUGUUUCAGGUGAAGCACAGGAAGAAGAGGAGGAAGAAGAGGAGGAGGAGGAGGAUGAAGAAGAAAGCAUUCCUGGGUGUACUUUGUUCAUCAAAAACCUGAACUUUGCCACCACAGAAGACACACUGAGGGAGACAUUCUCCAAAGUGGGAGCUGUGAAGAGCUGCACAAUCUCCAAGAAGAAAGACAAAGCAGGCACUUUGCUUUCAAUGGGCUUUGGAUUUGUGGAGUACAAGAAGCCAGAGAGUGCUCAGAAAGCUCUGCGCAGGCUCCAGGGCUGCUCUGUAGAUGGCCAUAAGCUGGAAGUGAAAAUCUCAGAGAGGGCUGUCAGGCCUGCUGUGAAAUCAGCCCGAAAGAAGCAAACCCUCAAGAAGCAGAAGACUUCCAAGAUCUUGGUCCGAAACAUCCCAUUCCAGGCCACUGUCAGGGAGAUCAGGGAACUCUUCAGCACCUUUGGCGAGCUGAAGACUGUCCGGCUGCCCAAGAAGAUGGCAGGCACUGGAUCCCACCGGGGCUUUGGCUUUGUGGAUUUCCUCACUAAGCAGGAUGCCAAGAAAGCCUUCAACGCCCUGUGCCACAGCACACAUCUGUACGGCCGGAGGCUGGUCCUGGAGUGGGCAGACACCGAGGAGACAGUGGAGGCCCUGAGAAGGAAAACAGCAGAUCAUUUCCACGACUCCCCAAAGAAAAGGAAAAGAUCAGAGAUAUUGAGUGAGAUCCUGGAGCAUCUGGAAGAGGAGGAGAGCAACAAAGAUGAGGCCAUGUAG